ACCACAAACCAAGAUCUUAAAAUAUCUCUUCCAUACAAGUUUGUUUUCAAAGUGUUUUUGUCUCCCAAAUCCUACUCUUGUGACCACAAGCCUUCACUUCACUCUCUCUCUCUCUCUCUCUCUCUCUCUCUCUCUCUCUCUCUCUUUUUUGAAACCCUUUUUUCUCUUCUCAAACCAAACCAAGCAAGCAAUUAUAUUACACUACUCACUCACUGAGACCAUGGCUCCUAAUAUCACCACCGUCACCGACGCUCAAGCCAAGGCCGCCGGCGGGCGUGGCCGUGCCUACGUCACCUUCCUCGCCGGAAACGGUGACUAUGUGAAAGGUGUCGUUGGCUUGGCCAAAGGUCUGAGGAAGGUGAAAAGCAUGUACCCUCUGGUGGUUGCAGUGUUACCCGAUGUUCCAGAACAUCACCGAAACAUUCUCACCUCCCAAGGUUGCAUUGUUAGAGAAAUUGAACCCGUGUACCCUCCUGAGAAUCAGACCCAGUUCGCCAUGGCAUAUUACGUCAUCAACUAUUCCAAGCUACGUAUUUGGGAGUUUGUGGAGUUCAGCAAGAUGAUAUACCUAGACGGUGAUAUACAAGUGUUUGACAAUAUUGACCACUUGUUUGACUUGCCUGAUAACUACUUUUAUGCGGUGAUGGACUGUUUUUGUGAGCCCACUUGGGGCCACACUCUGCAGUAUCAAAUCGGAUACUGCCAGCAGUGCCCUCAUAAGGUUCAGUGGCCCACUCACUUUGGGCCCAAGCCUCCUCUCUAUUUCAAUGCUGGCAUGUUUGUUUAUGAGCCCAAUCUGGAUACCUACCGUGACCUCCUUCAAACUGUCCAAGUCACUAAGCCCACUUCCUUUGCUGAACAGGAUUUUUUGAACAUGUACUUCAAGGACAAAUAUAGGCCAAUUCCUAAUGUCUAUAAUCUUGUGUUGGCCAUGCUGUGGCGUCACCCUGAGAACGUUGAGCUUGAAAAAGUUAAAGUGGUUCACUACUGUGCUGCUGGAUCUAAGCCUUGGAGGUACACAGGGAAGGAGGAAAAUAUGGAGAGAGAAGAUAUCAAGAUGUUGGUGAAGAAGUGGUGGGAUAUAUAUGAGGAUGAGACUUUGGACUACAACAAUCCAUUCAACGUGGAUAGGUUCACUGCGGCACUUUUGGAGGUUGGUGAAGUCAAGUUCGUCCGUGCCCCAUCUGCUGCUUAGAGUGUCUUUGGAAAUCAAGUGUGAUCCAAGUACAUAGGAUAAGAUAUACAGACCCAUACAUCAUUAAGUUUUAUGUGUUUUUAAAGUGUUUAGAGGACCUUUUUAUGUGUCCCUUUUUUCUUUUUUCUUUUUCAAUUCUGCCAUUGUAAAGCAGUGAAAUACCAUGUCCUUAAUUUUAUUAUUGGAUAUGAAUUUUAUUUUGUACGUUCUCUU